AGAAGCAAGAUCUCCGCCUAUUUGAGGAGCGCACAAAACUUAUGGACCUUCAUCUCUACAAUCAUGAGUUAAAAAAUCCAUGGCAAUUUGCAAAACAAAACCUAAACCCCCGAAAACCCCACCAGAAAACGCAGCCCAUAACAAAUAUCCCACCCUCUCAAAUUUUCAGACCUUUCCUCCGCUUGGAUCCCUCACCGCAGUCCUUUCAUUCUUCAUACACCAAUCUCGAUUCUUUCCACCGCACUUCUUUCUCUGAAUCGCCCCCUUUCCUUUUCUUUUUCAACAAAUCUUAUUGUUUCUAAUGGUUUUUGGAUUACUACAUCACUGUUCUUCACAUUCUCGCUGUUUAUGCACCGAUUAGUGUUCUUCGAGUUUAUUUUAAUCGGAUUUCGUUUCUGGGUGUGUUUCAAUUUGUCAAAAAUCACUGCUUUUCAUUAUUGAAUUAGCAGCGGCUUCUCGGUUUAUCCAGUUUGUAAUUGGGGGCACUGGCUAUUUUUUUCAAGAACGACUUAGAUCUUGAUUUUGAUGGAUGGGUAUGUUUCUUCUUCCUGAGGAGACGCCUAGAACAUGCUCUCUCUGCGACCCAUUCGCAGAUUCUGCCAUGCUGCUACAUCUACAGACACCGCUGCGGCUGUAUUGAAUCACGUUCAGAACUCGAAGCCUCUCGAGGAACCUGCCCUCGUAAAGCUUAAAGCAGAACGGGACCCAGAAAAGCUGUUCCAUCUCUUUAAAGCCAAUGCGCACAAUCGGCUUGUGAUUGAGAAUCGAUUUGCUUUUGAAGACACUGUGUCUCGACUGGCUGGAGCUCGUCGCUUUGAUUACAUUGAGCAUUUACUUGAGCAUCAGAAGACUCUACCACAGGGGCGCCGUGAAGGAUUCAUUAUAAGGAUCAUAAUGCUAUAUGGUAAGGCUGAGAUGAUCAAGCAUGCCCUUGACACAUUUUAUGAUAUGCACUUAUAUGGCUGCCGUAGGACUGUUAAGUCUUUUAAUGCUGUGCUUAAGGUUUUGAUGAAGACCCGUGAUUUAGGAGCCCUUGAGGCAUUUUUAAGUGAAGCUCCAGAAAAAUUCAAUAUUGAGUUGGAUAUUAUUUCUGUUAACAUUGUUGUUAAGGCCUUUUGUGAUUUGGGUAUUUUAAAUAGAGCUUAUCUUCUCAUGGUAGAGAUGGAGAAGGUGGGAAUAAGACCAGAUGUAGUUACCUAUACGACGUUAAUUUCAGCUUUUUACAAGGAUAAUCGAUGCGAAAUUAGUAAUGGUCUGUGGAAUCUAAUGGUUUUGAGGGGUUGUUUCCCCAAUGUUGCUUCUUUCAAUGUGAGAAUUCAAUAUUUGAUUGAUAGGAGAAGAGCAUGGGAUGCUAAUAAAUUGAUGAAUGUAAUGAGGAACAUUGGGAUUGUACCGGAUGAGGUUACUUACAAUCUAGUAAUAAAAGGUUUUUGCCAAGCUGGGUUUCUUGAUAUGGCCAAAAGGGUUUAUUCUGCUUUGCAUGGGAAUGGAUAUAAACCAAAUGUCAAAAUUUAUCAAACCAUGCUUCAUUACCUAUGCAGAAGUGGGGAUUUUAAUCUGGCAUAUACAAUGUGCAAAGAUACCAUGAACAAGAAUUGGUUUCCAAACAUUGAUACAAUUCAUUCAUUACUUAAAGGCCUUAACAAGAUGGGGCAGCCUGGUAGGGCUCAAUUUAUCCUAACAUUGGCAAGGAAAAGGGUACCUCCUUUCUCUACAGCUCAGUUGGAAGCUUUGAAUACCACACUGGCCAAUAGCUGAAAAGAGAUUUUGUAGAAUGGUGCUUAGAUAAAAUGUAACAGAAAGCUCAAAAGGAGCUCAUAUUCUUUCUUUUACUUCCAUUUGUAGAUUACAAAGCUAAUUGGACACUGAUUUUUUUAUGGGGUUACAUCUUCAAAAGGUUUCUCUUUCUCUCAGUAAUUUAUUCUACCAUCUCAACAAAGUUUGUCCCAAGAUGAGAGUUCUGAAAGGAAUGGCAGACAUUUACCAUGUUCUCUCAUCUGUGCUCUGGAACGCAAUGUGGCAAUGGGCAUAAGGGCAAAACCUUUCCUGUUGGAUAUUUUUUAGUGUUGCAUAGGUAAUUUCAAAUUUUGUUCGUCUUCAUUUCUGAAUAUCAUUUCCAAGCAUUUAUAACCACUCCUUUUGUAGAAUUAAAACAUCAGUCAGAAAUCAUUACAUCAUACUUUGUAUCGACCUAUUCAGAUAUAGCUGCUGAAUUCUUUUAGUACGAACCAUUUGUAGUUAUCUUCCUCUUACCCUUGCUUGAAUUCCUGCACUGUUGGAAUAGCAGGGAAACUUGAUAUUCACACAAGAGUUAUAUUAUGACACUUCUACUUAGUAAAUAGACGAGAAACUUAAUCUGUAAAAUGACAAAGAUAAAAGUAGAUUGUUAGAGAUAAUGUGAAACAGUCUCACUGUUUCUCUGCUGUAUGUUGAUAAAUUUGGUGCCCUUUUACUUCUAGAAAGCCAAUGCAUAUUUUUCUAAAACUUCGUCUGUGUCCAAAUCUGUCAUCUUGGUGUCCGCCGUUCGGAUUAGGUGGAGAGAGUAAAAUUAACAACUGUGUGAUACAACUUACAGAUGGUAGCAUGUCAGUGCGUUUCUAAUGUCUAGGAACAAUAGGGAAGGUUCAUACUGUCUGCUCUGUUAGUUUGACAAGGUUUCUUAAGCGGUUCAUGGGCUGAUAUUUGAUGCAAAACUCAGCUAAAGCUUUUAGUUUGGCGAGCACCUCGUUUAGUCUUUGGUUUAUAUCUUGUUCUUGAGUCUUGACUAUAUCUCCAAAGCUAGGCAGGCAGGAAGAAGAGAGAGAGAGACAUCAUAUCAAGUUAAAUGGAGAUGAAGAACAUACAGGAGCAGUGGCCGUCUGUUUUUCACUAGGGAUCUUAUUGCCUCAGAGGAGAGGAUUUUUUUUUUUUUUUGGUACCUGUGUUUCUCUUGCCAUGAAUUCUGUUCUUGUCUGAGUUUUUUCCUUUGUAUUUGAAUGUCAGUAGGUGAAAGGGAAAUGCUCAAAUGCCAGAUUACAGCGAGAAUCUGCCAUCUUUUGGGUACCGUCUCAUGUAAAUAUUUAAGGGGAUUUUGAUUAAAUCUUUCAUUACUGUUAUUUUUUAUAAUAAUUGAUGAUAAUAGAAAUUAGUUAAUAAA